AUGACUUCAAUUCCUAGAAAUCUUCCAUUAUCAAUAUUAGAAGAGUUAUCAAUGCUAUUCAGUGAUUAUUUUGUUCAAAAUAUUAAAGUGGACGAUAGAUAUCAGUUGUUGAAUCAAAUCCAAUGGAGUCGGUAUUUAACAGCUAGUAAAGAUGAGCUAAUGCAUUAUCCUUUAUUUCCAACAUUUAUUACACCUGAUCGCGUAUUCUCUGAAAGCCAUGAUAUAUGGAAAGAUAUUCUAUUACAAUGGGAGAAUGCACUGUCGACAACACGACAAGAAUUAAUCAGUCAAUUGUUAGAACAAUUGUAUGCCAGUCCACUGUUUCACAGUGUUUAUGAACGUCUUCAGUCAUAUGAUAUAUUUUCAGAGAAUAUUGAAACAUUUCGCAGAUACUUUCGUCAAAUAUGGUUUGGACAGUAUACAUGGGAUCAAAUGACGCCGACAUCAUCUACCCCGAGGACAUGUGGAUUUCAGCAUGUUUAUAUCGGUGAAAAACAUGGUUCAAAAAUUAAAGGUUUACAUUAUUGGAAACGUUAUUAUAUAUUAGAGAAAACUGGACGUCUGCUACUUGAAAAGAUACAUAAAAUUCAUCCACACCUGCAUAUAUCAUCAUUACGAUUUCAAGUAGACAAUGCUGUAAAACCUUAUGGUACUAUAUUUUUUGGUUUACCUAUGGACUUUGAAAUGUUAAUUUUCUUUUGUGCUUUCUUAGUUGGUGUAAAUCGUGAAGUAUCAUUUUUUAUUGAUGGUUCUCAAACGACUGUAGUGUGUUAUGAUGUGGCUACACAGAGUGAUGCAUUAGCUACAGCAUUUUUUAAAUAUUAG